CCACUUGCCUCAGCCUCGCCAGCUUGUGGCCCUGGGGCCAGUGGCCAGGAGUCCAGGGUCUCAGCGCCUGCCCACCCGCCCCCAGGCCUGCCAGGAAUCAGGCCCCUCAUCCCCCUGCAGGGCAUCAUCGCGGAAGAGAACAAGAACCUGCAGCCCCAGGGAGACGAGGACCCUGGGAAAUUCAAGGAGGCUGAGCUGAAGAUGCGGAAGCAGUUCGGGAUGCCGGAGGGGGAGAAGCUGGUCAACUACUAUUCCUGCAGCUUCUGGAAGGGCCGCGUGCCCCGGCAGGGCUGGCUCUACCUGACCGUCAACCACCUGUGCUUCUACUCGUUCCUGCUGGGAAAGGAAGUGAGCCUGGUGGUACAGUGGGUGGACGUCACAAGGCUGGAGAAGAAUGCCACGUUGCUCUUCCCGGAGAGCAUCCGUGUGGACACCCGGGACCAGGAGCUGUUCUUCUCCAUGUUCCUCAACAUCGGCGAGACCUUCAAGCUCAUGGAGCAACUGGCCAACCUGGCCAUGCGGCAGCUGCUGGACAGCGAGGGCUUCCUGGAGGACAAGGCGCUGCCCCGGCCUACCCGGCCACACAGAAACAUCUCGGCUCUGAAGCGAGACCUGGAUGCCCGAGCCAAGAAUGAGUGCUACCGGGCAACCUUCCGCCUGCCCAGGGACGAGCGUCUGGAUGGCCACACGGGCUGUACCCUGUGGACUCCGUUCAACAAGCUGCACAUCCCUGGCCAGAUGUUCAUCUCCAGCAACUACAUCUGCUUCGCCAGCAAAGAGGAAGACGCCUGCCACCUCAUCAUACCCCUGCGGGAGGUGACCAUUGUCGAAAAAGCCGACAGCUCCAGUGUCCUGCCCAGCCCCCUGUCCAUUAGCACCAAGAGCAAAAUGACCUUCCUGUUCGCCAACCUGAAAGACCGUGAUUUCUUAGUUCAGAGGAUCUCUGACUUCCUCCAGAAAAUGCCGUCCAAGCAGCCCGGAGGCAAUGGUGGGGGAAGGAAAGCCAGCACCGCGGACCCAGCCCCGGAGCACUCCCCAGCUCCUGCAGAGGCCUCAGAUCAGCCCGCCAGCCCCACCACACCCCUGGGGGGCCGCCAGAGCUCCAGUGUGCAGGAGGCCCCGACCGCAUCGCAGGGGCUGCUUAAACUCUUCCAGGGAAACUCGCCCAUGGAGGACCUGGGGGCCAAGGGGGCCAAGGAGAAGAUGAAAGAGGAGUCGUGGAACAUUCACUUCUUUGAAUACGGGCGCGGCGUGUGCAUGUACCGCACGGCCAAAACGCGGGAGCUGGUGCUGAAGGGCAUCCCUGAGAGCCUCCGCGGGGAACUGUGGCUCCUCUUCUCUGGGGCCUGGAACGAGAUGGUGACGCACCCUGGUUACUAUGCUGAGCUGGUGGAGAAGUCCACGGGGAAGUCCAGCCUGGCCACGGAGGAGAUCGAGCGGGACCUCCACCGCUCCAUGCCCGAGCACCCCGCCUUCCAGAACGAGCUGGGCAUCGCUGCCCUCCGGCGGGUGCUGACCGCCUACGCUUUCCGAAACCCCACCAUCGGCUACUGUCAGGCCAUGAACAUCGUCACGUCCGUGCUUCUGCUCUAUGGCAGUGAGGAGGAGGCCUUCUGGCUGCUGGUGGCCCUCUGUGAGCGCAUGCUGCCCGACUACUACAACACCAGGGUGGUGGGGGCCCUGGUGGACCAAGGCAUCUUCGAGGAGCUCACGAGAGACUUCCUGCCGCAGCUGUCCGAGAAGAUGCAGGACCUGGGGGUGAUCUCCAGCAUCUCCCUGUCCUGGUUCCUGACCCUCUUCCUCAGUGUCAUGCCCUUCGAGAGCGCUGUGGUCAUCGUUGACUGCUUCUUCUACGAGGGCAUCAAGGUGAUCCUGCAGGUGGCCUUGGCCAUCCUGGAUGCCAACAUGGAGCAGCUGCUGGGCUGCAGCGAUGAGGGCGAGGCCAUGACCGUCCUGGGCAGGUGACCGAGCCAGCCCCCCUCCUCCCACCAGGCCGCUGGCUGGCGCCCCCGUGGAUGGCAGAGCCCGGCCCCAUCUCCGGCCUUGGGCACUCCUCGCUCAGCAUGCACCAACGCGCACACUCGGUGGGGGGCGGUGCAGGAGAGAGGCUUUUUCCUGGUAGGACGUGCCGGCUAAACAGCCCUGGGUCCUGACAGCUCUGGGAGCCGAUAAAAUGGGCCUGAGCACCCGGGAGGGGGCAGGGGGGCGGCAGCCGGAGCCCCCUAGUCCAGCCCCUAGCGGACGCUGGGUAUCCUGCUCUUGUCUCCGAGCAGUCCUGACGCUGCUUUCCCUGGCUCAGCAACAUCUCUCCCCCUCCCUGUCACCGUCACCUAGAUGGAGGGGCCCGCGCCAGCUUGCUCUCACAGCUGAAUGGGCCGCCACCUGCCCCCUAGGUCCCCACAUCCAGCCCUCGCAGACUAUCUGGGAUCCAGCCCCUUCCCCCCACCCCCACUGCCUUUGUGCCGCCCACAGUCCCUCUGCUCCGGCCCCAGCCAGCAGUAGCCCACAGAGCUCUUUCUCCUCAGAAUCUGACCCUGGGACCUGCCGUGCACUCAUGGUUCCCUGGACGGAGAAGCUGAGUCCCGCCCCGAUCCAGGGUCCCCGCCCCAGCCUCACACUGGCCCAGGCCCUGAGCUCUGUAGGGUCCUGCUGGCCGUGUGUGCAUAUUCACCUGGCCUGGAACACUCCCAGAGACCCUGGCCUGCCAGGAAUGCUGCCACCUGCCCGCCGAGCCAACCCAGGACCCUGUCAUCCCUCCCACUGGGACAGACCUUUCUCCUGGUGUGGUAGGGUCUGGGCUUAAAAAGGGUCCCGACCCAGGGCGCCUGGGUGGCUCAGUU